AUGACUUAGAAAUGGAUUUAGAAAUAGCCAAAGGAUAGAUAAUAACUAAUUUUAACAAAAUUUCUAAGGUUAUAAUUAAAUUUAUUGGAGAAUUUAAUAAUAAACAUGAGGAUAUGUCAAAUAUAAUGCAUUGUUUAGCAUUAGAAGUUAAGAAAAUAGCUGAAAAAUAAAUAUCUGAAUUUGAAAUAAAAAAUAACGAUAUUUAAACUAUAUGAAUAAUGUUCAGAUCCAGUCACUGCAUAUUUAGUUGAUUUUGCAUUAAAAAAGAACUAAUGGAACAAGUAGAUUAUAUUUUUGAAUACUUGCUUUUUUAUCUAAUUAACUUAUUUUUAAUUAAUGUUACAAUAUUGUCAAAUUAACUUAAUAAAAAAUAAGAUAAGAUGAAAAACAUUUCUUUAAUUUCAUAAAGGCCUGCCCAAAUUGUGGUGUAAUUAGGUUAAAAGUAGCAGGUUGUGAAGGAAAAAAAAAAUUGUGGAAAUUUCCCUGAAGAAGAUGAAUAUUUUUAAAAUUACAAAUAAACAUAAAAAUAUGUAUUUGAAAUAUCAGAAAAAGGUGUUAAAUUUUAAGAAAGGACUAAUACUAAUCAGUAAAAUGCUAGUUAAACAAGUUAAAAGACAACAAAAAUUUCAAAAGAUGGCAAAUAGGGUAUAGUAAGAAAAGGUUGUGGAGCUCCAUUAACUUGGAGUGAAAUUCCUCCUUUAAAUGAAUUUUAAAUAAAAGAAUUGAUUGAUCCAGGAAUAGUUGAUUAUCUUGCCUACGAAAUUCCAAAAGAGGAACUUAAAAAAAGAACAAAAGUAGCUUAAUAAUCAUUAAAGCAAAGAGUAGAAUAAGCAAAAGAUCAAUUAAAAGUAGUCAGAUUAUGA